AACAAGCCAAUGAAAGGAGGCGGCUGGAUGCAUUUGCUCGAACAGCCCAAUCAGGAGGCUUUGUUGCAGGAAUUUAAAGGUCUGUGCGGGACUGUCUGAGUAUUACAACCUUUGUGCGAGGACUAGGAAUAACGCCACAAACCUUCACUUUCACUGCUGCUAAGCUUCCCUGACACUUGAAAAUGUCCGAGAACGUCGCACGUCUGAACAAGUUCAAGAACAAAGGCAAAGACGCAAAUGAACUUCGACGCAGGAGAGUGGAGGUGAAUGUCGAGCUCCGCAAGGCGAAGAAAGAUGACCAGAUCUUCAAAAGAAGAAAUGUGUCCGCUUUUCCCGACGAGGCGACUUCUCCUCUUCAAGAAAGAACCCAAAACUGUCAGACCUUCAGACAGUGGACAGUUGAAGAGAUUCUCACAGGCGUGAACAGUGGUAAUGCUGAGUCCCAGCUCCAGGCUACACAGGCUGCACGGAAGCUGCUGUCUCGUGACAAGCAUCCUCCCAUUAACCAGUUGAUCAGCGCUGGUCUGAUCCCCAAGUUUGUCGCCUUCCUGAGGCUGACAGAUUGUCCUCCAAUCCAGUUUGAGGCUUCCUGGGCUCUGACCAACAUUGCCUCUGGGACGACUGAUCAGACAGCUGCUGUUGUUGAGGGUGGGGCCAUUCCUGCCUUCGUUAGCCUGGUCACAUCCCCCCACCAGCACAUCAGCGAGCAAGCAGUGUGGGCCCUUGGAAACAUUGCUGGUGAUGGAUCAGCCCUUAGAGACAGGGUCAUCAAGCAUGGAGCUGUGGCCCCUCUGCUCAGUCUGCUGGCAGUUCCUGAUCUGUCUGUAUUUAAUACCAGCUACCUGAGAAAUGUUACAUGGACGCUGUCAAACCUCUGCCGCAACAAGAACCCCUCCCCUCCUAUGGAUGCGGUCCAGCAGAUCUUACCUACUCUUGUUCGCCUGCUACACUGUGAUGACCUGGAGGUGUUGGCUGACGCGUGUUGGGCUGUUUCAUACCUGACCGAUGGUUCUAAUGACCGCAUUGAGGUGGUGAUCCACACUGGCUUAAUUCCUCGCCUGGUGAAGCUGCUUGGCUUUGAGGAGCUGCCCGUUGUUACCCCUGCGCUGCGUGCCAUCGGCAACAUUGUGACUGGUACAGAUGAGCAGACUCAGGCGGUGCUGGAUGCUGGGGCCCUCAACAUGUUCCGCCAGCUGCUGCGCCACAAAAAACCCAACAUUCAGAAGGAGGCGGCCUGGACUCUGUCCAACAUCACAGCAGGGAAGGACGCCCAAAUCCAGGAGGUCAUCAACGCAGGCCUCGUUCCAUACAUGGUUGAUAUGCUUGUGCGGGGUGACUACAAAACUCAGAAAGAGGCUGUGUGGGCUGUUACAAACUUCACCAGUGGGGGCACUAUUCAGCAGGUGGUUUACCUUGUUCAAGCCAAUGUGAUUGAGCCUCUCCUGAAUCUACUCUCCUCUAAGGACAGCAAAACUGUCCUUGUCAUCUUGGAUGCCAUUACCAAUAUCUUCAUGGCUGGGGAUAAAAUUGGAGAGGCAGACAAGCUGAGUCUAAUGGUUGAAGAAUGUGGUGGACUGGACAAGAUCGAGGCACUGCAGGCUCAUGAGAAUGAGAUGGUCUACAAAGCAGCCCUCAACCUGAUUGAGAAGUACUUCUCUGAAGAAGAGGAGGAGGUGCAGUGUGUGGCCCCAGAAGCAACCGAUGACGGUUAUGCAUUCCAAAUCGGUGAAAACCAGAGCACUUUCAAUUUCUAGAAAACGUUCUAAUAACUGUACUGUACCCUCAUUGGCACUGUUUGUCUAUUUUGUUCAUGUAAUUGUUUGUUUGUUUGUUUUUUUGUGUGUAUUGUACAUACUGUUUUAACAUAACUGAUAAAAUGUGAUUGUAAAUAAAGUUGUCGGAUCAUG